AUGGCUUGUAAUGAGAUGUUUGGCACUGGUAAUGGUUUGAUAAAUCCACCAGAUAAGAAUAAACUAUUUACGUUAUCAAAGGCAGAAAUUGUUAUUUUUGACAGAGAUGUCUAUAAUCUAAUAAUGGAUUUUGAAGUUCUUAUUGGUAUAGUAAAGAAUUUACCAGAUGAUAGUCAAAGAGGAUACCAAGCUCUGUACACGGCAAAUACAAUGGUGAACAUGUGCAAUAUAUAUGACAGAGAUUCAUAUAAGAAAGCAAAGGAUUGUGCCAAGAAAUUCUUGUCUCAACAAAAUGGUGACAGUCAACAUACAGUACAUGCAAUGGGGCAUUGUCAUAUUGAUUCUGCAUGGUUAUGGACAUAUGGUGAAACUAAAAGGAAAUGUGCUAGAUCUUGGUCUUCAACUCUACGAUUAAUUGAAAAGUAUCCAGAUUAUAUUUUCACAUGCUCCCAGGCACAGCAGUUUGAAUGGCUGAAGGAUAACUACCCUGAAUUGUACAAGGAAAUUAAAACACAAGUAACAUCAAAGAAAUUUAUACCAGUGGGUGGUUGCUGGGUAGAAAUGGAUGGCAAUCUUCCUAGCGGUGAAUCCUUCAUAAGACAGUUCUUGUAUGGGCAGAGAUUUUUCAAAAAUGAAUUUGGAAUGAAAUGUAAAGAGUUUUGGUUACCUGACACCUUUGGUUACUCUGCUCAGCUUCCCCAAAUAAUGAAGGGUGCUGGUAUUGAGAGAUUUGUCACACAGAAACUGUCAUGGAGUCUUGUUAAUAAAUUCCCACAUAACACCUUUGUAUGGGAAGGUCUAGAUGGUUCACAAGUUCUUACUCAUUUUCCACCUGGUGAUUGUUAUACAAUGAAGGCAACAGUUGAAGAUGUAAGUAUUGGAGAAGUCUUCUUUGCAAGCAACCCUUCAGCUUGGGCUGGUUCCAAGGAAUCCAUGUGUAAUAUUGAUGGGGUUGCAGUCUUACUGAAAAAUUAUGGAAUCUAA